UUUUGAUAAACAUAAAUUAAGACAUUUUAGACAUUUACUAUUUAGUCUAGUAAGUUUAGUUCAUUCUUUCACUGUCCUAACUUUUAACCAUGUCAAAAUAAAUUAGUUGAUUGUACUUACUUUAAGGUAAUCGUUUACAGGUGAUUCAGAAGAAAUACCACUGACAUUUCAGAAAUCUUUUACGUACUACAUAACAUUUUUUUGACAAGGUCUUUGAUAAUAAAAUCGAUAAAAUGUUUAAUUUUAGUUAUCUGUUUCGCUCGCUGCCAACAGUUUCUUCAAUAUUGCCAGUUCGAUAUCGUGCACGUAAAUGUACAAGAGAGCGAAAAGCAAAAAUUAAUAAAAAAAACAGAGCUGCUAAUUUAGCCAAAGCAAGAAAAUAUAUACCUAUAUUAAAGAAAAAGCAGCUAGAAAAAUCAAGUCGUACAAUUGAAACAUUUCCUUGGCGUUCAUCCAAUGAUGAUGUCUACCUUGGAUUAUUUAACCAAAUGCGCAGAUAUAGCUUGUUGGAAGCCAUAUUAGCUCACCGUGAACUUCAUCAUCCAACAAUGAUCAAUGUACCUAAUGCACCUCUUAAUGUUCGUCUUGAAAUAGACUUAACUACAGAUAAAAAAAAUAAAUUUGUGGAUAAAUAUCAUAAAAUAAUUGAAUUACCUCAUCCUUAUGACCAUGGGGAAGAUAGAACAAUAUUAGCAUUUUGUCAAAGUGCUGAAAUGAUGGAAGAAGCUAGAAAUGCUGGUGCAAUGCUAGUUGGUGGUAAAGAAGUUAUUAAAAGUAUAGAGAGAGGUCUCAUUAUGUUACCGGAUUUUCAAUAUGUACUUGCUCAUCCCGAUAUUUUAACAGAACUACCUGCCAUCCGUGGACUAUUAAGGAAACGUUAUCCAAGUCUUCAACAUGGUUCACUGACAUUAGAUUUAGUAGCCAUGGUAAAACAUUAUAUAAAAGGUAUUAAAUACAAUAUGCAAGUGGAUCCAUAUGAUGAAGCUUUAGGAAUUGUUGAAAUGAAAAUUGGUCAGAUUUCAGAUGAACCAAAUCAUCUAAUUGAAAAUUUUGAAACCUUAUUUAAAGAUGUUAUGACCAAAGCUCCAAAAAGAGCUAAUCCAUCUCAAUUUGUUAUAAGGUAAU